CCGUUUUACUCACCAGUCCCAGCUUCCGCCCGACCCAGGGAAACGGAAGGAAGGCGCCGCCGUAUCCUCUUCCGGUUUCGUAUCAUGUGACGUCCCCCUUCCCUGCACAACAUGGCGGCCCCCAUGCUGAUUCCCGCGGCGGCCCCUGAAAAGCUGGGCCAUAAAAAAUACAAAGCUAUUCUGAAGAAAGAAAAACGAAAGAAAAAGAGACAAGCGCUUGCCAGAUUAAGAGAUUCAGAAAUCACAGAAAAAAGUGAACCAUUGCCUGAAGAGGAGGAACUGGAAGAAGAGGAAAAACAACUUGAGGCUGAAAGGCAAAAACUACAUGAGGAAUGGUUGCUGAGAGAAGAAAAGGCUCAAGAAGAUUUCAGGCUCAAGAAAGAAAAGGAAGAGGCCACAAGAAGACUUCAGGAAGAAGAGGAGAGAAAGAUAAAAGAAGAAUGGGAAGAACAGCAAAGGAAGGAGAGAGAAGAGGAGGAGCAGAAGCAACAGGAGAAGAGAGAGAGAGAGGAAGCUGUGCAGAAGAUGCUGGAUCAAGCUGAAAGUCAGCUGGAAAAUGGCACUACCUGGCAUAACCCAGAACCCCCAGAGAAUAUAGGAACGGAGAAAGAUAGAGCUAAUUGCCCAUUUUAUAUCAAAACAGGAUCCUGCAGAUUUGGAGACAGGUGUUCCCGCAAACAUAACUACCCAACAUCCAGUCAGACGCUUCUGAUCAGAGGUAUGUUUGUUACAUUUGGGAUGGAGCAGUGUAGAAGAGAUGACUAUGAUACGGAUGCGAGUCUUGAGUACAGUGAGGAGGAAACCUACCAGCAGUUCCUAGACUUCUAUGAAGAUGUACUGCCUGAGUUCAAAAAUGUGGGAAAGGUUAUUCAAUUCAAGGUCAGCUGCAACUUUGAGCCUCACCUGCGGGGAAAUGUAUAUGUUCAGUACCAAUCGGAGCGAGACUGUCAAGAAGCCCUUACUCUUUUCAAUGGACGAUGGUAUGCAGGACGACAACUUCAGUGUGAAUUUUGCCCAGUGACAAGAUGGAAAACUGCUAUAUGUGGUUUAUUUGAAAGGCAGAAAUGCCCAAGAGGGAAACACUGCAACUUUCUUCACGUAUUCAGAAAUCCACACAAUGAAUUUUGGGAGGCCAAUAGAGACAUACAUAUUUCUCCUGAACGGACCAAUCAGUCAGCUAAAAACUCUGAAAGGAGAAACAGAACAGGCCAUCAUGAGGACUAUUACAGCAAGUCAAGAAGACGGAGCAGCCCUAGCACAGAUCAUUCUUACAAAAGAAAUGGCGAAUCAGAGAGGAAAAAAAGUAGCCACAAGCGCAAGAAAAGACGGCGGUCUAGCAGGUCAAGAAGUUGGGAACGAAGGCGGUCACAUAGUAGAGGGAAGAAGAGGAGAGGUCGUAGUCGCAGCAGAAGUCGUAGUUGUACACGUGGUCGUAGUAGAAGCCGAAGUAGAAGCUCCUCUCGGUCCAGGAGUUGGGGCACAAAGAGGUCAAAUAGCAGAGGAAGAAGUAAUGAACCCCCUCCAAAAAAGUAAAGCCAAGUGAAAUUCAGACAAGAAUCUUAGUGCUCCCUUUUUGAAAAAUGGAUGGCGGCUUCUCCCAGUUAGACAAACACUUCAACUGAAAUGAGGACUGCGUAUGCUGUACUGAACUGCCCUUUAUUAGUCAAGAAAUUGAAUGUUAAGUUUGUAUUAUCCAACACACCUUCAGUUAAUGUGUUUUUGGCUUUAAUUCUUAAAUGAAAUAGCACUAUAGUCUAAACUGAAUAUCCAUUUAGAUGAAGUUUCUUUACAGUAAAGUGUUUAAUGUGAUUAAGCCUUCUAUUACCUGCUAACUUAUUUUCUGUAAAAUUUUUAAUAGCUGUAAAUAAAUGGAAUCCUUGAGUACACCUUACACUUUUUUUUUAAUAAAGUUUGAUGCAAAUCCA